GGUGGGGGUGAGCUGGGGCUGGCGGUGGGGGUGCUCAGGCCUCAGGGCAUAGCCCUCCAGGGGGGCCAGCCUCACAGUCAUUGGCUCGGUGCUGACUUGGUUUACCUUGGCCUGUCUUUGUUGGCAUCUCUGCCACAGUGGGAUCUGUGACAUGAUCUGUGCCUCAGCUGCAGUUCUGUAUACUGGGUGUCAGCGCGGCAUCACCGCCCUCGUGGCAUGGUAGUGCUGGUAAGAAGGAAUGUUCCAUCCAGGGAUGAUGCUGUGAUCAACUGAGCUCCCCAUAACAGGAGGAAACCAAGGAGGCGCUGCGGAGUCAGGCGGGAAGUGUGUCUGUCCUGGCCCUCUUGGCUCUGAGUAUCCCCUUUCAGACCCAAGGGUACCCACAGAAGGUACCCUUCACAUGGCCGGGGGUGAGCUGGGGUUCCAGGUUCCACAGCGGAGCAUCCUAGCUGGGAUUCGAACUCGGGACUGACAUGCCAGGGUCCAGCUGUGCCUCUGCCUGCGUGCCCCUGCUGAUGGGGUGCUGGUUCAGGUGUGAGUUUGUUCGUGAGGCAAUGGCAUGGAUUUGGGGGGAUCUCUUACCCACUGAGCCUUGGCAGCUCACCUGCUCUGCUGGGGCGUCCGUGGCAUGGGUCUCAGCCUGUUUGCUUUUUGGAGAGGUCAUGGCCAUUCUGCACCGAACAGAUAGAUCCUUAAUGCUGGGGACACUUUAGGUCUGUGUAGGCCCCGAGGAGCACUGGCUUCGUCCCUAAUCCUAUGAGGAUUCUCCUCCAGGUUCGCGGCUCAGAGGGGAGAGGCCGAACUUCUGCUUUUAGUUUGUGUCCGGGGAACUUUGGCUACUAGGAAAAUGUGGGGGUACUUUGGACUCUGGGUUCCACUUGGUCUUGGAGUCAUGUUUUUUUUUUUCCUUUGAGACCUCACCCCGCGUGCGGGGCAUGGCCGUGAAUGUCUACACGGGGAUUGCCGCGUCGUGGGCGAGGGGUCGGUUAGCUUUGAAGCAGAGCUGGUGAUCAGAAACGCGAAGGGAUGCGUCAUAUAGCGGCCGGGGGGGGGCUCUGGAGAAAUUUUGACAGAGCCAAAGGGGGCGAGCGAGUGAGCCGGUCCGAGUCUGGGGGAGUGUGCACGGGGUGGGGUGGGGGGUGGCCAGGAGGCCACAUGCCCUUGGCCCCUGGUCUGGGGGCUGUGGGGAGGGGGGCAGACAGGAAGGCCAGGAACUCCUUGCCAGGACACCUCCUUCCAGUGCUCUGCACGGGCCCCACCCCCAGUGCCCCAGUGUCUGCAGGUGGCCCUCCUGUCCCAGUGGGAGGCCCAGCCAAGCCGCUAAUCCAUCCUCACAUUAAUGCAUUUGCUUGGAGGAGGGCAGAUUAGUUGGGGGGGGGCCUCCGGCCUGCCUCUGGGCACAUUGUGGGGGGGGGCACAGCAGGGGCUUGCACAGUGGGCUCAGGCCUCACCUUGAGCUGCUGGAGGCUGUUGCCUGGUUUACCGGCUGCUGCCCAGGAGAUGCUCCGUUCUGUCAUGUCUCCUGAGAUCCUCGCGGGGGCGGGUGGUGGUCCAGUCCCGCAGGCGCUGGGGCCCACCGGCUUGCAGUUAAGGGUGGAAGCCUGGGGGGGGCGGGAGGAGCUUUUCUUGGCCACCCACCCACCCUGUGGAUUCGGGCGCGGGUCUUCUCUGGCCCCUGGCUUACUGAUCGGGCCUCCUGGGUGAUGGGACCGUGAAGCACAAUGGAAUUUGGGGGGUCUGGGGUUGUCCAUUGCUGAGGGAAACCAAGCAGGGGAUGUCCUGGUCCAGGGGCCGAUGGGCUUCUGCCUGACGGUCCUGGCCCGGGUUGGCCCUGAGGCCUGCCUCCCCACCCCCACCCCGGCCCACAGGCCCCUUCCACGCUGUCUGCCCACGCUAGCUGGUCCCCAGGCGAAGAGGCUGUCGGCCUCCAAGCGGAAACAGCAUUUCAUCAACCAGGCUGUGCGGAACUCCGACCUCGUGCCCAAGGCCAAGGGGCGGAAGAGCCUCCAGCGGCUGGAGAACACCCAGUACCUCCUAACCCUGCUGGAGACAGACGGGGGCCCAGCCGGUCUGGACGACGGGGACCUGGCACCCCCGGCAGCACCCGGGAUCUUCGCCGAGGCCUGCAGCAAUGAGACCUACGUGGAGGUCUGGAAUGACUUCAUGAACCGCUCUGGAGAGGAGCAGGAAAGGGUUCUCCGCUACCUGGAGGAUGAGGGCAAGAGCAAGACGCGGAGGAGGGGGCCAGGCCGUGGGGAGGACCGAAGGAGAGAGGACCCGGCCUACACACCCCGCGACUGCUUCCAGCGCAUCAGCCGGCGUCUGAGAGCCGUCCUCAAGCGGAGCCGCAUCCCCAUGGGAACGCUGGAGACCUGGGAAGAGCGGCUGCUGAGGUUUUUCUCGGUGUCUCCCCAGGCCGUGUACACGGCCAUGCUGGACAGCAGUUUCGAGAGGCUCCUGCUUCACGCCGUCUGCCAGUACAUGGACCUCAUCUCAGCCAAGCCAGGACCCAGGGGCGGGGCCCGGUGCUUCUCUGCGGGAGCGGAGCGGGCCCGAACACAGAGGAGAAGGGGCUCUGAGCCGACCCGCAAAGGCCUGAAAGCGGGGCCGAGCUUGGGGGGCGCGGGGCUAGUUCAGGUGCGGACCUGGAAGGCAAGAGGCAGAUGAAAGUCAGCAAUCGGCACCUGGACUUCCUGCCCCCGGGGCUGCUCCUGUCCGCGUACCUGGAGCAGCGGAGCUGAUGGCAGCCCCGCCCCGCCCCGCCCCUCCCCGGGCCGAGCGCUGGCGGACGCGCUCCUGCUCUGGCGGCCCUCUCUCACUCUGGCCCCUUCCCUGUCCACCUGUCCCCUUAAGCGCUGGGGGCUGGGGCCCCACCGGACUGGCCUGGCCUUGCCCCUCCGGCUCUGUUUUGCAGCCAGGAGACCCGGCCUGGUCACCUCCGUGUUCCUUCCUUCUGCUUUUCCAGCCCCGUUUGAAGCCUAUGCGGGCAGUGAGAGGCUGGGUUUUUAUCACUUUUAAUGAAUUCGGCAUGAUUUGUUGUACAUUUUUAAAUUUCCCUUUUGGGAAGAAAAACCAAACAGUUGCCCCAACUGAUAAAUGGGGGGCUUUGUUCUAGUCCCUGCUUUAACCCCCCACCCAGUUUUUUGCUUGGUUGGUGGGGGGGGGGGUCCCUAGGGCUCUGCCCCUUUUUCCAGGAGCGUUCUGUCGUGUGUGCGUGUGUGUGCGUGUGCCCUGCAGCCCUGGACAGAAGCUACAUCUUAGAGGCUGGUCCUACCACCAUUUGAAUGUGUGUUCUCCCCUGGUGGCUUUUGGUGGCUCUUGGGGCCCUCUCUGGUCUGCACACCUCCUCCCUUCAUACUGGGGAAUUGGGACUUCCAGCCAGAAGCCUCUGCCCUCGGACUGCCCCAUUGCCGUGUCCCCUUGCUCCCUCCCCCACCCGGCACUGGCCUGUUGCCUUGGGGUGUCCUUACACUGGUCACCCCGGCAUGUCCCACAGGAGCAGAGCUGGGGCCCACCCCUCCCGUGUGUGUGGCUUGUUGUGCUUUGGGAAAAGUGGAGAAUUCAAUAAAUUUCUGGUGCUCUGGUCA